AAACCUUUUCCUACGGCCAUCCGAGCAUCUUUGCCGUGGUAUAGUUAUGUCAAACCCAGUGGGCAGUUUAUCAGGAGACACAUUGUAUGGAUCCCGAAUCGGGAUGACAGAGGACUCUCUCGCCAUCCUGGAGCGAAACAGAUGCUCUGGAGAACCCUGGGGCAUGGGGGACACCAAGACAAGCGUUGAAGCCCUGGAGCGUGGAGUGCCAGGCCUCUACCUCUCCUGCUUUGACAUGCUUCUCACCGACGAUGCCACGUGGUUGGUGAAAGUUUCAGAGGCUUCGCCAACGCUACCUGUACCCACGACUCGCAUGGAGCCUCAAGAGGAACCGGAGCAGUGCCCCGUCAUUGACAGCCAGGAACAGGGACUCUCUCCUGGGCUGGAGGGGCAGGAAGAGGAGCAGUCUCUGGAGCAGGUGCAGAGCAUGGUUGUGGGAGAAGUGCUGAAGGACAUUGAAACAGCCUGCAAACUGCUGAACAUCACCCCAGACCCUAUAGAGUGGAACACUGGGAACGUCCAGAAGUGGCUACUGUGGACUGAACAUCUGUACAGGUUGCCUCAUGCAGGAAAAGCCUUCCAGGAACUGACAGGAAAGGAUCUAUGUGCCAUGAGCGAGGAGGACUUUCGUCAGCGCUCCCCGCAGUGCGGAGACACACUGCACGCACACCUGGACAUAUGGAAGUCAGCUGCCUGGAUGAAAGAGAGGUGUUCAGUUGGAGAUACUAAAACUACAGGCAGCGAGGAGUUGUGGUCUGAGGCAGAUUCAUCUUGUUCGGGUCAGCCCAUUCAUCUGUGGCAGUUCCUCAGAGAGCUCCUGCUCAAACCUCACAACUACGGACGCUGCAUCCGCUGGCUCAAUAAAGAGAAAGGUAUUUUUAAGAUCGAAGACUCGGCUCAUGUUGCGAGACUGUGGGGACUCAGAAAGAAUCGACCUGCUAUGAACUAUGACAAGCUGAGCCGCUCCAUACGUCAAUACUACAAGAAAGGCAUCAUCCGUAAGCCUGAUGUGUCUCAGAGACUGGUGUACCAGUUUGUUCACCCAGUAUGAGGCUGCAGCAGAAAGGGAGGGUAAAGAGAAGGGGGAGGAGAAGAUGGAAACCUACAAAAUUAAAAGGACACACUGUCUCACCAUGCACUUGGCACACCUAAGCCCAAGAUGAAAAGGUGACAUGCAACAUGUGCACUGACCAUCCCCAAUGGUACACACUUCCAGUGCCAACACCGAAGCAACAGCUGGCAGCUGCUGCAUGAAGGCUUAUCUGUGCAGAGAGCCGAGAGGAAGCGACACAGCAAUGUGUGGCUGUUGAGGCGUUUUCCUGCUGCAGAAUGAAACAAAUACAGAUUUAAAACAAACAAACAAACAAACAAAAAAACAAUAAAUGAACUGCCUUGUCAUUUGCAUGAUCUGCCUGUUUAUUUUUCCACAAUGUGAUUCCCACUUAUCUUUUUCUCAAUUCAUCUAAAAGUUACAGCUGACUGCUCUUAAGCUUCAGGAAAACGCCUCUUGUCUACAGCUACACUUGCUUUGUCUUUGCAUUUCGCUCAGCUUCACUGGCACAGUUUAAAGUGUGGUUAGGGUUGUUUGUGCUGAAUCCAGUAAACCACAGGGCAGGGCUCUCUCUACACAUCUCAUUUGAAAGAUACAAAGGUGGAGACUUCAGCAGUUUGAUGAAUUUGGAUCCAAGAGUGGAAUUCCCAAACUGCAGCUUGUGUGUUUUUGUUUUCUAAGAUGUUUCCUGGUUAAGAGUGAUGCUUUGCCCCACUAAUAUAGCACUGCUGAGGAGUCCGUUGUUUCGUUUGAUCUUCAUACAGCUGUAAAUUGCCUUUUAUGAUAGACCUAAAGUGUUCAAAACCAAAUAGAUAGAAGACUUUAUGAGAUAUUAAUAAAUACAAAUGCAAAAAACCCUCAGAACAUGAAAUUUAAUGGAUUUUUAGCUGCACAAACUGCAUGUUUCUCUGUCAGUCUUUAUGUUGGUCAUUUCCAUGAAAUGUUGCACGGACAUUCAUUGUCCCUGGAAGAUCAAUCCUCAUAAGGGUUUUUUUAGAUUCUUCCUUAAGUGUCACCCUGAAGUUGACAUGUUUUUAACGAAAUAUCUCAACAGUUGUUGGAUUGAUUCAUACACAUUCACGCUUCACUCAGGCUGAACUGUAAGAACUUUUGCCAUCACCUCAAGUUUCAAGUUGCACCAUCAUCAAGAGAGAAUUUAAAUGUGUCUAAUUCCUUAGUUGAUAACCAAAUACUGACAAAACUCACGAUAUGAUAUUUCUAUCAACCUCUGCUGUACUUUAUGUUUUGUGCUAAUUAGACAAUAUUAGCAUACUAAAACAUUAAAUGAAACUAUUGCUUAGCUUCACACAAACUUCAUUAUUACACAAAGAACAGGAUUAAAGCACAUUUUACAGUUCCAUAGUCAUAUAUAUCCAAAUCUGUUAAUAUGAGUCUUUACUAUAAUUGUUUGUUUGUUUUUUAAAUAGAUAUUUAAUUUUGAAUGCUUUGGGUGCCAAUAUUUCACACCAGUUUGGUUCUUACAACACUGCUUACUGUUUUCAUCUGUUUAAAUAAAAGUCUGCCUGAGUAUGGACACAUUAACCAAUAAACUUUGCGUUUGAACUGCA